AUGCUGAUUUGCUUCAUAUUCAUACUACUCAUACCGGAAAGUGCCACGUGUCCCACAGAUUGUCUUUGUAUAGACAGAUCAGUGUCAUGUAUCGGACAAGGGCUCACAGAAGUGCCAAAGGGUAUCCCAAAUGAUACUGUUCGAUUGGAGCUUCAAGAAAAUGAAAUCACAAAAAUCGGAGUGGAGGAUCUGAAAGGGUUGACCAGCCUUAAAGUUUUACAACUUAUGGACAAUCAGCUAGUUGCGAUUCACAAUCAAGCAUUAUCUUCUCUUCGUUUUCUUCAAAAACUACGACUAAACAGAAAUCGUAUUCGCCAACUACCUGAUUUCAUUUUCCAGCAUAAUGUGAAACUGACGCACCUUUUGGAAAGCAAUGUAAUCUCUUCAUGGGCUUCUUUGGAAGUGCUCACCCUCAAUGGAAACCGAUUAACAACGUUUGAAGAGCCCUCGAAUGCGCGAUUCCGACAAUUGGAUCUAUUCAACAAUCCAUGGAACUGCGACUGUCGGUUGAGAUGGAUGAAAAAAUGGUUGGAAAAAACGGAAGGGGUCAAUAAAACAGUUUGUGCCACGCCAAUGAAUUUGCAAGGGUCUUCUAUCAAAAAUUUGCAAGAUGAGUUUAUGACAUGCUCCGGAAACCGUAAACGUCGUUACAAGAAAACAUGCGAAAACGCUGAAAUCUGUCCACUCCCUUGUAGUUGCACAGGGACUACUGUAGAUUGCCGAGACUCCGGAUUGACAUAUGUGCCAACCAAUUUGCCUCCAGCAACCACAGAAAUCCGACUAGAGCAAAACCAGAUAUCAUCAAUCCCAUCCCACUCGUUCAAAAACUUGAAAAACCUGACAAGAUUGGAUCUGAGCAAGAACAUUAUAACUGAAAUUAUGCCCAAAGCUUUUUACGGCCUUCAGAAUCUUCAUACCCUAGUGCUCUACGGGAACAAUAUCACCGAAUUGAAACCGGAUACUUUUGAAGGACUUGGAAGUUUACAAUUAUUACUGCUCAAUGCCAACCAACUAACAUGUAUUCGGAGGGGGACUUUUGAUCAUGUCCCAAAAUUGAACAUGUUAUCACUUUAUGAUAACAAUAUCAGAUCAAUUAGUGAGAUCACGUUCAGAAAUUUGACUAGCUUGGGAACUCUUCAUCUUGCCAAGAACCCAUUGAUAUGUGAUUGCAAUUUGCAAUGGUUGGCUCAAUUGAAUCUCCAGAAGAAUAUUGAGACGAGUGGAGCUAGAUGUGAGCAACCAAAACGUCUGAGGAAGAAAAAGUUCGCUACUCUUCCGCCAAACAAGUUCAAGUGCAAAGGAUCCGAAGCAUUCAUCACCAAGUUCUCGGAUAGUUGCUUUAUCGAUUCAAUCUGUCCGACCCAAUGUGAUUGCUAUGGUACCACUGUCGAUUGCAAUAAGCGUGGACUAACUACCACCCCCGCUGAUAUCCCUCAAUUUGCCACACAUCUUCUUCUAUCCGGAAACAAUAUCUCUACCGUAGACUUAAGUUCAAACACCCACGUGCUUACAAAUUUGGAGCUUCUGGAUCUCUCAAGCAACCAAGUUACUUAUAUCAAUGAUAAGAGCUUUGAAAAACUGGAAAAGCUUAGGGAGCUGAGGCUUAACGAAAACAAACUUCACCACUUUUCGAGUUCUGUAUUAGAUGAGAAAUCAAAUCUGGAAGUUCUUGAUCUUUCUGACAACAACAUUCAAUGCUUCUCGUCGGUUUUCUUUGACAAGGCACCAAAAAUCAAGGAAAUUCGAGUUCUUGGGAAUGAUUUGCUCUGCGAUUGUCGCAUACUUCCUCUUAUGUUUUGGCUCCGUUCCAAUACCAGUCAUACAAUUGAUAUCCCGCCAUGUCAGCAAUUUCAACAUAGUACCGACGAGCUGGAUAAACAGAAGUGUGCAGGGUACCCGGAAGAAACGUGCUCGGAUGACAGUAAUCUCUGCCCACCAAAGUGUUCUUGCUUGGAUGGUGUGGUGCGGUGCUCGAAUAAGAACUUGACAAGUUUCCCAACACGGAUUCCAUAUGAUACUACGGAACUUUAUUUGGAUGCGAAUUAUAUUAAUGAGAUCCCAAUUCACGAUCUGAACCGGCUGUAUUACUUAACGAAACUCGAUCUCUCCCAUAAUCGUUUAAUUUCUCUGGAAAACAAUACAUUCUCAAAUCUGACCCGGCUGUCGACACUCAUUAUCAGUUACAACAAACUGCGGUGCCUCCAACCUCUUGCAUUCAACGGACUAAACUCUCUUCGCAUUCUCUCCUUGCAUGGAAAUGAUAUCUCGUUCCUGCCAGAAUCCGCAUUCAUCAACCUGACCAGCAUCACUCAUAUCGCUGUUGGUAGCAAUUCACUUUACUGUGACUGCAACAUGGCAUGGUUUUCAAAAUGGAUCAAGUCCAAGUUUAUCGAAGCUGGAAUUGCUAGAUGCGAGUAUCCUGCAAAGCUGAAUAAUCAGCUUCUUCUCACAGCGCAAUAUUAUCAAUUCACGUGCGACACGGCAGUUCCAACAAAACUCGCUACCAAAUGCGACUUGUGUCUCAAUUCCCCAUGUAGAAACAACGCAGUCUGCAAAACUACCAGCAGUAGAAAGUACACCUGCAACUGCACUCCCGGAUUUUAUGGUGUUCACUGUGAGAAUCAAAUUGAUGCUUGCUAUGGCUCUCCAUGUCUGAACAAUGCGACAUGCAAAGUUGCCCAAGCUGGCAGAUUCACAUGCUACUGUAGAAAAGGUUUCGAAGGAGAUUAUUGUGAGAAAAAUAUCGAUGAUUGUGUGGAUUCCAAAUGUGAGAAUGGUGGAAAAUGUGUCGAUCAGGUCAAUUCGUACCGAUGUGACUGCCCAAGAGAAUAUGAUGGAAAAUAUUGUGAGGAUAAACUAGAGUACUGUACUAAAAAACUCAAUCCAUGCGAAAACAAUAGCAAGUGCAUCAGAGCCAAUGGCACAUACAGUUGCAUAUGCCCCGCUGGGUUUAUAGGAAAGAAUUGUGAGAUAAAUGAAGAUGAUUGUAAAAAUGUCAACUGUCAAAACGGUGGAUUAUGUGUGGAUGGAAUCCUGUCUUACGAGUGCGUCUGCUCACCUGGCUAUGCUGGUCAGUACUGUGAAGUAUCACCAAUGAUGGAUAUGGAAUAUCAAAAAACUGAUUCGUGUCAGCAAUCAACUUGUGGACAUGGUGAAUGUGUGACUAGUGCGAACUCCUCGGAAUUCACUUGCAAAUGCCAUGAAGGGUUCAGUGGUCCAAGUUGUGACCGUCAGACGUCGGUUGGAUUCAAAAAUCCAGGAUCCUAUCUAGCAUUGGAUCCGUUGACCAGUGAAGGAAAUGUUACAAUGACUUUGAGAACUUCUGCGAAGACAGGCAUUAUUUUGUACUACGGCGACGAUCACUUUGUAUCCGCUGAGCUGUAUGAUGGAAGAGUGAAGUUAGUAUACUACAUUGGUAACUUCCCAGCAAGUCAUAUGUAUAGUUCAGUGAAAGUCAAUGACGGCCUUCCUCACAAAAUCUCAAUAAGAACUUUGGAACGAAAAUGCUAUCUUCAAAUCGACAACAACGCUGUUCAAGUCGUGGAGAACAGUGGUAAAUCUGAUCAGUUGAGCACAAAAGGAAAGGAAAUGUUGUACAUCGGAGGACUCCCAGAUGAAAAGGCACAGGAGGCAAAGAACAGAUUCCAUGUGAAGAAUACUGAAAGUUUGAAAGGAUGUAUUAGUUCAAUCACAAUAAAUGACGAGCUUGUCAACUUGAACAACGCUCUCGAGAAUGUAAACACUGAAAAAACUUGCUCAGCUACAGUAAACUUCUGCACCGGAAUCGACUGUGGGAACGGAAAAUGCACAAAUAACGCGCUCUCACCAAAGGGCUACAUGUGUCAAUGCGAUUCUCACUAUUCUGGAGAGUUCUGCGAUGAAAAACGAAUCAAGUGCGACAAACAAAAGUUCAGACGCUAUCACAUUGAGAAUGAUUGCCGCUCGGUAGACAGAAUCAAAAUCGCCGAGUGCAAUGGAUAUUGUGGCGGGGAGCAGAACUGCUGCACUGCGGUGAAAACCAAACAACGGAAGGUGAAAAUGAUUUGUAAGAACGGAACAACAAAAGUCUCCACAGUACACAUCAUCCGCCAAUGCCAAUGUGAGACUGCAAAAAGCUUUCUAACCAAAUGA